ACAUGGCCCGUCACUUCUUCUGUCUCAACCCCACGCUUGGCUCUGACAGUGAAGCCUUGCUAGGUGUCGCGCACUCCAGCUCCCGAGCCGGUCAAACUAAGCAGGCUAGCCGACGAUCUAAUUUAAAAAAAAAAAAAAAAAAAAAACACAAACAAGCCCUCGCCUCAGGGACAGUUAGCUUCAGCAAGGCGCUCGGGACUCGAGCUAAACGUUGUUUGGCAGCCCACGAAAGGGGGGGGGGGAAAAACAAAAAGAAAGAUGUCAAAAGACACAGAGGGGAAGAGCGAGAAAAUCAUGGAUAUCGAGAGCAAGGUGUUGUGGUACCCGGACUCCAAGAGGAACACGCAGAUGGACAAGUUUAGGAUACAGGUCAACCGGGAUUACGGACUUAAUCUGGCGAACUACAGCGACCUGUACCAGUGGUCGGUGGACAGCUACCCAGUGUUCUGGGCAAAGGUGUGGCGCUUCUGUGGAGUGGUCUUCUCCAAACCCCACGAGGAGGUGGUGGAUGCGUCCAAGCAGAUCUCAGAUGUUCCAGAGUGGUUUAAAGGGGCUCGGCUCAACUACGCUGAGAACCUGCUCAAACAUGCGGACCAGGACAAAGUGGCUCUGUACGCCGCAAGAGAGGCAAAUGAGGAGAUUGUGAAGGUGACGUUUGGGGAGCUCAGGCGUGAUGUGGCAUUGUUUGCUGCAGCCAUGAGGAAGAUGGGAGUCCAGACUGGAGACAGGGUUGUAGGCUACCUACCCAAUGGCAUCCAUGCAGUGGAGGCCAUGUUAGCUGCAGCCAGCAUUGGAGCCAUUUGGAGCUCCACAUCUGUCGACUUCGGAGUCAACGGUGUCCUUGACAGGUUUUCUCAAAUCCAGCCCAAACUUAUCUUGUCUGUUGCCGCCGUGGUUUACAAUGGCAAAACACAUGACCACAUGGAAAAGCUGAUAAGUGUUGUCAAAGGUCUGCCUGACCUGAAGAAAGCAGUUGUGAUUCCCUACGCUCGCUCCAAACACGAGACUGACCUCUCCAAGAUCCCCAACAGUAUAUUUAUAGACGAUUUCUUGGCAUUGGGGCGUGGUGAGGCCGGCCAGUUUCCUCAGUUGGAGUUUGAGCAGCUUCCAUUCAGUCAUCCUCUGUUCAUCAUGUACUCCUCUGGAACCACGGGAGCUCCUAAAUGUAUGGUCCACUCUGCUGGGGGCACACUCAUCCAACACUUGAAGGAACACAUUCUCCAUGGCAAUAUGACCAGCAGUGAUGUCAUCAUUUACUACACUACGACUGGCUGGAUGAUGUGGAACUGGCUGGUGUCUGCUCUGGCAGUGGGAGCCUCAGUGGUUUUAUAUGACGGUUCACCGCUAAUGCCCACACCCAAUGUACUGUGGAACCUGACAGACCAGCUGGGCAUCACUAUCUUUGGUACCGGGGCCAAGUGGCUGUCUGUGCUGCAGGAGAGGAACCUGAAACCCGCGGAAACACACAACCUCCAGUCUCUCCACACCAUCCUGUCUACUGGCUCGCCUCUCAAACCUCAGAGCUACGAUUACGUCUACCGCUGCAUCAAGAGCAACGUGCUGCUCGGCUCUAUCUCAGGUGGCACUGACAUCGUGUCAUGUUUCAUGGGUCAGAACCCAACAGUUCCAGUGUACCGGGGUGAGGUCCAAACAAGAAAUCUCGGCAUGGCUGUGGAAGCCUGGAGCCUUGAUGGUAAGCCUGUAUGGGGAGAAAGUGGGGAGCUUGUCUGCUUCAAGCCAAUCCCCUGCCAGCCAACACACUUUUGGAAUGAUGAGAAUGGGAGCAAAUACCACAAAGCAUACUUUUCUACAUAUCCUGGUGUGUGGGCUCAUGGAGACCACUGUAAAAUCAACCCAAAGACAGGAGGCAUUGUCAUGCUGGGCAGAAGUGAUGGUACAUUGAACCCCAACGGAGUCCGAUUUGGCAGCUCGGAGAUCUACAACAUUGUGGAGGCGUUUGAGGAAGUGUCAGACAGCCUUUGCGUUCCUCAGUACAAUGCCAACGGCGAAGAGCGAGUUAUUUUGUUCUUAAAGAUGGCACCUGGUAAGCCCUUCUGUCCGGAGUUGGUGGCGAAGAUUAAAGGAGCCAUUAGAAAAGCCCUGUCUGCCCGACACAUCCCCGCUCUGCUGCUGGAGACCAGAGACAUUCCUUACACCAUCAGUGGUAAGAAGGUGGAGGUGGCUGUGAAACAGGUGAUUGCUGGCCGGGAGGUGGCGCAGAGAGGGGCUUUCUCCAACCCUGAUUCGCUGGACCUCUACAAGAACAUUCCUGAACUGCAAAACUAUUAGAGAGGACCUGCAAAAAAAGAACCAUCUGAUGAGAAUUCAGCUCUGUUUUUAAAUGAUCUUCAUUCACAUUUACAGGUACAGGAAUACAUGCAAAGUGCAGUGCAAGGGUAGUUUACAAAGGCACCUUGAGCUUUUGUACAGGACAUGAAAAGAAAUAUUUAUCUCAAAAUAACGCUAAAAUCGUACAAAUAAGUUAUAUAGAGAAUAAUAAACCUAUGGUACAGUCAGAUGAGACUUGAAAACAUGAGGUGUACUGCUCCAUAGGCUAGUUUACAAUCAAGUGAUCCAGUGAUCCAAAGCUGAAUCCAAGUAAAUGUUGAACUGGAUUCAGCUUUGGAUGUAAUAUGAAGUGCUAAGAAGUCACUUGUGAGCAAGCUCAUGCUCUGACGCCACUGACAAUGGAGAAGUGAAAUUUAGCAUUAAGCACUUUGCUUUGGCUUCACAGCCUGAUUGCUAUCAGCUAGUGAAGAACCAUAUCUCUCUGUGUCACCUGCUUUAUCCCCAAUGUUGGUUCUGAGUGGGUCCCAGGCUGAAAAUCCAUGGAAGUGUGCAGAUAGACACACACACACAAACCUGGGAUUAACACCUCAGCGUGGCUCAUAUCACCAUAUCAUUGUAAUGUGGUGCGUCUUUCUGUAUUAAAUGUGUAUAUAUAUGGAUACAUAUUUUGUGGAUCGUGGAACAUUAUAAUUAUGCCUUUUAAAGACAGUGACCCAAACCUGUUAACCAAUGUUAUUCACAGAUUCUCGUGGGUUUUAACAGGUCACAAGAUGUAGUUUGAUUAAAUGAACCCGAGAUCCCAGAUGAAACAAAAUUUACUGAACAUUUGUCCCAACCUAAAAGCUAUUGGACUUUUGUGUGUUACAUGCUCAAUCCUAGCCCUAACGUUGACUCCAUUUCAUUCAUGACGUCUUUUAGCCACAUUAGCCCUCACUUAUCAAAGUUGUUUAACAAACGUGUCAAGUCAAAAUCAGGUGUGAUCUGAAAGUAAGCAAACGUUCAUAUCACCAGAACAGCCUGUAUUUAUUAGUUCCAUAUCAAUGUUCCAUGUUUGUCAUAACUCUCUGUACCGAUACAGAAGCAACAUUUUCUUACUGGACUUACUAAUUUUUUUAAGGGUUCUUCUUGUUUGUCUUAUAAUUCAGCCUUUGUCACUUGUUUCCGUAUUUUAAGCAUGUUUAAAGGUAUGAAUGUGAACAAGGCACGUGGAAAACUCUGCAUUUCAUCUUUAUUGUCAUAUUCACUGCUUAGAUUAGAUUGGUUACAUUACUUCUUCCCCGUUGAGUCUUUGACCACUGGUAUUGCUACAUUGCUAUGGGACGACCUGGAUCCCUGUUUUGUUUGUUUCUUGUGCGCACACACGAGAAUGCGAAUGAUGGGAUAAACUACAUAUUCCUCCCAAUGGUGUCACACUUUCAGCUUUUCAAGGGGUUUAUGAGGUGGGAAAUUAAUUGAAAAAACAGAACUUUAAUUAUUUGGAAGACAGCUCAACGGGGUGAUUCUCAAACUUGCAUAGGUUCUCGAGGAGUCAAGGAUCAUAAUGCGAUAGCUGUACACUUUGCUCUUUAGUACUGUAUAUGUGACAUUGUCGACGGUGAAAUCUGGUGAGAAAUGGCUGAUCUGCUUUUCCAUUAUGUAGUAUGCAGUAUGCAUGCAGGUUAUGCCUUUUUUUUUUUUAAUUUCUUUUUUUUUUUAAAUUUUUAUCCGCAGCAAACAUUAUAAUAGGCCAAGAGUUUGCAAACAUAAUCUUUUUGUCUUACAUGAAAAUAAUAAGUCAAUAGUAUUUGGUCCUUCCAUGUCCACCUUUAGUGAAUCUGCAAGUGUAUUUUUUUUGUGUCUGGAUCAUUUGAUCUUUCACACAACGGCAUGAUGAUGAGGGUCAUUGUCUAGGUCUAGUUUACGUUGGAAGCUGACAGCGUCAUGAACGGAUGUGAACUCUUUUCACUUGCUCACCUUGGCAAUUUUUCAGUGUGGAGUUUUUCAAGGAUAUAUCUGCAUUGAAAACCGAGAGUACUAAGGGAGAUUUUUUU